CUGUUAGUAAAUAAAGGUUCAGCAGUUAAUAUUUAAUUCACUUCCGGUAGGGAAUCCGGGAAUUUUGUAUUGCCUGAGGUUGUUUAUAUUUUGAUGAUCUUUGUGAUCAAGUUAUCAAAAACCACUAGAAGUAUGCCGUCUUGAUACAGUUAUGCUAGUUUAAGUGCGGGCUGCACAUAAACAAUAUGGCAACUACAGGUCAAGGUUAUCUACCAUACUUUGAGUCCCGAUAUUAUGAUAAGCUGGGAAUCUUCACUAGACAUGAAAAAGAUAACAGUACAGAAGAUUUUGAUCCAGAUGAAGAUGCUUGUGAUGAGAGGAUUCAAGAUUUAAGCAGUUCAGAAAUAAAAAAGCUAGGGAAAGGGACGACGUUAAUGGAACCAAGCACCCCGAGACUGAUAACAGGAACUCUUUACAAUCCAAUUGGUAAAAAACGAUGGGACAUAAAGGCUCGACUUCACCUUGACAACCCGUGGUGGAUGGUACACAUAUUGAGGACUGAUACCUACAAAGGUUACAUCGUACCCACAGGACAAAAUGCUGUAUCCUACAAACUUAUCCGAGAUGAAAGCCUGGUCAAACAACAUAAACUCGUUGAGAUAUUGUUAACAGAUCCCCUACAAGAUAACAGUGCAGCCCUGAACAAGUUUGAACAGUUUGUACAACUGAAACACGAGGAACUGCGACUAGAUGUACCUCACUUGUUGAACCUGUUACAAAAUUUUGAGGAUUACCUACAAGACGAGGACAAGGGUAUUGUCUCCCAGAUCACAAAGAGGCUCACAGGAUUUGAAGGGAAGAUGAUAAAAAGAGCACAGGAAUAUCCGGAGCUGUUCCGUUACCUUCCACAACUAGUGCCACAUCACUUCCUGCCCAUUAUAAACACAAACAAUGAGGAGAUGUUACAGAGGCUGGACUUUGCCUUGAAGGAAGAACCAUGGGUGUUUGCAUUCAAAAGGGUUCUAGUAAAAGAGUACAAUGUAAUGGGGAUUGAGGUGAGUAAGGAGGUACUCAGAAAAUGUGGAAUCUUGUCAAAAAUACCACAGCUAUACCAGGAAGCCAUUGAAUUGUACACUUAUGUAAAAAAUGAAACAAAUGCACACGGCCAUACCUGUCUACAUCUGAACUCUAACUACCAUGAUGACAAGCUUGGACACAUAAACAUGGAGAGGAACCAGGGAGAAGUAUUGCGCUAUCUGUACAACAAAGAGAUACUGGUCAGGGAGAGGAUGGGAGGUAAAGUGUGGACAUUUCCUCAAGACCUGUGGAAGAGUGAGGUGAAUAUCGCUAAAGGUCUCAACCAUUUGUUUCAACAACAUAUCUACAACCCGGAAAUAUUGGAUAUCGACAUUAAAAACAAUCCAAAUUUUGACAAGAUACGUACAGAUGUGAAUCAGGUGAAGGCUGCAGAAUUCAUCAAGAAUUAUCCUGUGGUCGUCAUAUCUGGUAAAGGAGGUUGUGGUAAAACAACAGUUGUCACCCAGGUGAUAUCAGAAGCGUACAGUAACGUUGGUGACUAUCCAAUCAUCCUGUAUACCGCCCCGACCGGAAAGGCUGCCAAGCUGCUGGGACGGAAAGCAGGCACUGAUGGCUUCACACUACACCAGAUCAUUUACAGUUACCGUUUCUAUUUGAAAAUGAAGUCAGAGUUACCCUGGAAGUUCUCUAAUGCUGAGGUACUUGUUGUUGAUGAGUGCAGUAUGGUGGCCGUUCAUACCUUCGCCACCUUACUGGACAUCCUACUGAGGAACUCCAAUCUCAGUCGAGUGAUAUUCCUAGGAGAUGUACGACAGCUGCCAUCUGUCCAACCCGGAAAUUUCCUGGAGGACAUUUUUGAAACUUUCAAGUGGAACCCUGGAAAUGGUAUUGAACUGGAAACCAACCACAGGGCUGAAUCAGAAUUAAUUGUCAACAAUGCUACAAAGAUCUCUACUAGAAGGAUGCCACAAUUUGAUGAUAAGUGGAAUUAUAGACUUUAUCCAGUGUUGCCGAACAAACAAAACCCAGAACAGAAGGAGUAUGAAAAUGAUAAUUUCAAAAAAGUUUUAGAAAACAUGCUCAGAAACCAGGAAAACAUGCAAGACCACACCACCUCCCAUGUCAUCGCCUAUAGAAGAAACAUGUGUAAGGUGAUCAAUCAGUUGGCUAUGGAGUUUUACAACCCAGACCCUCAAGGAAGACCCAGGGAGAUCAACAAGUUCAGAAUCGGAGAUAAAGUUGGCCUGUACAAGAAUGGAUGGGUAGACUUAUUUAAGUGGGAGGGUGGUCAAACAGGAUCUGUCGCUCCUGUCUUUGUGGAGGACUCUGACGAUGACUUUAUGCAACCCACCCAGCUACCGGCGGGUAUAGAGACGCCCUGUAAGAAGAUUAAAGCCAAAGGACUACCCUCAGAAGAGGAGUCAUAUAUGUGUCACAGCCAAGAACCUGCCGGGAAGAUGAUGGAAGAGAGUGACCAGUCAGGGGCGUCACCAUCACCAACAGAUAAAAAAAAGGUUCAGAAGAGGAUCAGACUUUAUAAUGGGGAAAUAUACUUCAUCAGAGAUGAUUAUGAGCAAGAAGAAGAAGUUAAGAAUGGAGCACAUCGUCGGCGACGUUACCUUAAGCUGUCAGAUGAAGACAGUGAAUCACCAACCGAGUUCUAUGCCCUGUACUCACAGUUAAUGAGGGAAUGUAAGAUGACCCAGGCCUGGGCCAAGACCAUACAUACAUUCCAGGGCUCAGAGUGUGACACCAUCACCUUUGUUGUUGGUAAUUGUAAGAAUCAGAACUGGUCACAUGUGUAUACGGCAGUCACUAGGGGGCGCAGUUCAGUCAACAUUGUCGGCCAGGAGGAGUGCCUCAGAAUGUCAGUGAAAAAAGGAAAAAUCCCCAGGAAGACGGGACUGUCUCAUCAGCUAAAGACUAUCUUAUCUGGUGGUCUCAGAGAAGAGUUGUUCAAGAUUGCUCGGAAUGGUGGAUCACCUUCAAAUUCAAGCAAAACAGAGACCUCAAGAAAUGAUUCCUUUUCUAAUUUUGAUGGAAAUAAUGUUACAUGUGAUGGGUCAUCUGUGUCAACCCCCUAUUUCAGUGGCUAUACCACACCCACAAAGGAUCGCAGUACUGUCAAUGGAUAUCUCAGCAACCGAAACAGUAAUCCUGAAAGGUCAAGGUCGGGAUGUUUCCAAGGUGACUCAGAGUCAUCAAAUUAUCACAUGUUCAAGGGACAAGGAUCUGAAAGAUAUGCUCAUUUUACCAAAUCACAUAACCAAAAGAUAGAGUCACCAGCAAAGUCUAGACUAUUUAAAGAACAAAAUUUGGAAAUGCCGUCGAUCUGUCGGUGUAGGGACAGCAAAGCAUGUAUUUGUGGGGUCACACCGAUAUCUUCUACAAGGCGACAGGUUGACGUUUCCCCAUCUGAUGCUGAAGGAGACUCAUGCUUGUUUGACAGUCAGUGGUCCGAUGUUAGUAACAAUGAUGAUCUGUUUAGGUCAGAGGAACAGGCACUCCAUAACACUGAACAGGAUUCUGAUGGCGACUCAGAUGAGGCACUCUGUAACAUUGAACAGGAUUCAGAUGGCGACUCAGACGAGACAAUAGACAUGUCCGGGGAUCAUUUUGAUUGGUCAGAUGAUGACGAUUUUACCAAUAUCAAAACAGAACCUGAAUGUGUGGACAUAUCUUCAGCAACAAGGAUGUUUUUCCCAGUUUCAGUGUCAUCAUUGGUUGUACCAGAAAGGUUAAGUCAAAAAUACAUAAAUCCCUCCCCGAAGCGGCCAGCUGAGGACAACUUGGACAGUGCAACACCAGCUAAACAGACAUGCCAAGCUAACUUACACACAGGCAUGACACCAGCAUUUAAGAAACUAAAUUUCUAAAAUACAUCUUUCUUUACAAUGAAGUUUGGAAGUGGGGCAUGGAUAAACCGAAAUCAAGAGUGUCUGCUGCUGCUUGAAGGUUGUCUGUAGAACUAGGUGCACAUAAUCAGUACCUUAUUUUUUCUCUCUUUUUAAUUUGACAAUUUUGGAGAGUUAAAUCCCCUUUUAUGAUUUCUCAACACAUCAAUUGUCGUCCAUAGCCCAUGGUCCUGGCGCUCACAAAGACCUUGGAACAAUUGGUAUACUUUUUCGUGAAUUUUUACCAAUCAGAGCUCCGCUUUCCAUGGGUUACAGAUGAUGCAUUUCGAUACACAAUGUGGUUUUCAUUUCAACAAUUCUUCAGAGUUAUGUCCCUUUUAAGGCAUUUCAUUUUCGAACUUGUCACACAAUUAACUGCUUAAUUCUGUAUAAAUCAGUAUACAUGACCAGUCACAGGUAUCACUUGACAGAUAUGCACUUAAAACUGUUAUGUUAAAAUUUCGGACAUUCUUCGAACUUCUUUUCUGGCAAAAAUCUAAAAGCUGAAGAUUUGGUGAGCCCAUGUCUCUGUAAAAGCAUGAACAAUUGUUUUGGGUGUCAUGCCAUGUUUUAUAUAGAGAAUGUGCCUGUGGAAUGUAUGUGCUACAUUGGCAAGCAUUUCAAUUCAACUAGUUAAAUAUUUUCCAAAGAUCAUUGCUAUGUGUUCAACUAAUGUGUUCAACUAAUCUGUUUCUCAUUUUGAGUGAUUUAUCAUCACGAGGUUGUUUCAACGUUUCUAUUUGAUAACUUUCUUUGUAUUAGUUGUUACAUUUAUAUAUUUCUAUGCAUUUUGAUAUUUUUGAAUGUACGCCACUUUUUUGGCAUGGAAUAUGCAUGUAUUAUUCUGCUCCACAAUAUUUAUGAUAUAUAAUUUGAUUUGAUGUGAGGUAAUAUUAGGGACCAAGUUUUACCUGGUUCUAGUUAGAAUGUUAUCUAGACCAAGUCUGACAGUGGUGAAGCUAGUCAUUAUCUUGUUGAUAAUCAUUCACAUGUCAUAUCUCAGUAUUUCAGCAUUUCAUAUUGUCAAUUUAUAGCAUGUAUACAAACUAUAUGUUGAUAAUAGGUUUCAAUAUUGUUUUGCUAGUUUUUCAUCAGUUAUAGGGAAAAGGUGACGUCUGGGGCCUGUUCGUUUAUGUGGACAAACCGGUUCGUCAGUUUUUAAAUUUUUAAACAUAUACAUAUAUCUUGACAGACCUGCAGAUGUUGAUAGAGACCAUGGAAGUCUUUGUCAAGGCUCGUCUCAAAACAAUAUAAAAUCACCACGUCCAUCUUUAUUUCAUAAAUGAACAACUCUGGUCCAACCGUUUGCGCCUCAAAAACAAAAUGGCCCUAGGUGCGACAUCAAGUGCAUUAGAAAGUUUACAAGGGAACCAUUCCUGUAGGAUUAUCUACUAUGUUUGGUGCUUCCAUGUUUACAUUUCAUGUCUGCGGAACAUAAUUGUGCAAUUAAUGGUAAAUUGAAUCAUUUUACUUUUAUUAGACUUUCAUAAAUGAUUUUUACAUUCCCGAUUUUAAUGAUAAUUGAUUACAUAUACCUGGUACAAAUGAUUUUAAUUAUGUGAAUUUAAAAAAAAAAAAAAAAAAAAUCUUGAUGAAUGUCUUCCAUUUUUAUUUUGUCGAGUCAAAAAGAGGGUUUUGUUCAAAUGAAUCCUACAUAAAGCAUUACAUAAUGCCAGCCAGUAAAAAUAUUGUGGUCAGUUAUUUAA